AAACAAAGCGACCCCUCCAAGUAGUCUCCAACGCCUCACAAGUCUCAAGGCGGCCACUAGCAAAGUGGCGCGAAAAUUCCAAGCAAAACAAACCCUUUCCAUAAUUGACGUCUCACUAAAAUCAAUCCCAGAAUUCAAUUUCCUUUUCUCAAAUCCGAACAAUGGUGACACUGGUAGUAUCAACGACGACUGAUCCGGCAUCAAUCGGCCCAGCUUCUGCUCUUCUGGCCAAGCCAGGGUGGUCUCCCGGCCCUUCUUUCGAGGGAGUGAGAAGUUACGAGAAUGGAGGAGUGAGAUUGUUGCAGCAUGAUAACAGCAUAAUCAGAGAAGACAAUCUCGACACUCGUUGGGAGGAAUUAACUCAGGAAUGCGUCGAUAAUGUUAUUUUCCUCAGUAAACAUACUGCCGUCACUAAUCGUCCUGCCCUCACUAUUCACCCUAUAGGGGUGCCACAUUUGAAAGAAGGGGAUGUACCACCGCAAGGUGGGAAGCCAGGAUGGGCUGCACCUCCUGAUCCUAGAAUGGGACCUUGGAUUAGACUCUUAAGGAAAAUUGCUGAAUCCCGGAAUUUGAUUCCUGAGUUUGAAAUUACCAUGGAAGCUACUCAUCAUGGACCUGUGACUAGUAAGCCAACUAUGUUUCUCGAAAUUGGUAGCACUCUGGAGUACUGGCAGAGAGAGGAUGCUGCCGAAGUUAUUGCUCUAUUGGUCUGGGAAGGGCUUGGACUUGAAGGAGGUGCUUCUGUGGGUGUGUGGGACAGGGAUUCUGACAGAAAGAAAGUUCUACUAGGGAUUGGAGGUGGUCAUUAUGUACCUCGUCACAUGGACAUAAUAAUGAAAGAAAAUGUUUGGGUGGGCCAUCUUCUCUCUGGAUAUUCCCUUCCAAUGGAUGACCCUGACCAAUCAAAAGUAGAAGAUGCUGAAGGUAUUGGUGGAACCUGGAAAGAAGCUAUCAGAGCUGCAUUUGAGGCUACUAAAUCAGCUUUUCCUGGGGGGGAAAUUUUGGCUCAUCUUGAUCACAAGUUAGUUUUUAUCCCUCGUUUGAGUCUUAUUAUGGCACAUCACAUACAAAUUUCUGCAGCAAGUGAAGUGUUACAGCUUCUCCUCCCAAUAUUGACAUGAAUAUAAUGAGUUUCAAGGGUUGGCAGAAGAAGGCUGUCACUGCAUUUCUUGAGGGGCAAAGCAUACAGAUUGGCAAGCCAAAUGAUUUUAAAUAAUAGGCCGGUGCGCCUCAUCUAGGCUAUUUGUACUACCAGUCUACCAUUGUUAUUGCAUUUCCUUCAGGAUUUAAACAGGAGUCAAUGUCUAUGCUUUUAACAGGGUAGAUUUUAGAACUAUUGAAAUCAAGUAAUGAUUUUGUGACGGGAAACAAACGAGUACCCAUAUUUAAUUAUUUACAGUACCCGCUGUUUUCCUGUUCAGCUGAA